AGUUUCCCUUGGAGAGAGGCCGCGGCAGGCUGGUUCAGGUCGGCGAGGCGAUGCGAUGGCCAAAUCAGGCGGCUAGGCGUUCCAGCCCCCUAUGAGCGCGUCGGGUUCCGUUUGAGGUGUUUUCCGGUAACAUGAUUCGGGCCGACUCCUAUUUUGUGUUAGUAGUAUUGAUGACUCAAUUCGGAGAUUCAAUACAAGGACGGCACGAAAGGCGGCUUCUGGACAAGUUACUGGACUCGUACAAUGUUCUUGAGCGGCCGGUAGCGAACGAAUCGGCCGCUCUUCUGGUUCGGUUCGGCAUCACGCUCCAGCAGAUCAUUGACGUGGACGAGAAGAAUCAAAUCUUAACAACUAACGCGUGGCUUAAUUUGGAAUGGGUAGAUUAUAGUUUAGGUUGGAACUCUAGUGAUUACGGCGGUGUCAAAGAUUUAAGGAUAACGCCAAAUAGGGUUUGGAAACCAGACAUCCUUAUGUACAACAGUGCUGACGAGAAAUUCGACGGCACGUUUCACACGAACGUUCUGGUCAGGAAUAACGGUACCUGCUUGUACAUCCCGCCGGGAAUAUUCAAAAGCACGUGCAAGAUAGACAUCACGUGGUUCCCGUUCGACGACCAGAAGUGCGAUAUGAAGUUCGGCAGUUGGACCUAUGAUGGUUUUCAGCUCGACCUUCAGCUGAAAUCCGAAGAGGGUGGAGACCUGUCAGACUUCAUACCGAACGGAGAAUGGUACUUAUUAGGUAUGCCGGGAAAACGGAACGUGCUGUACUACCAGUGCUGUCCGGAACCCUAUGUAGAUAUCACUUUUCAAAUACAAAUCAGACGGAGGACCCUAUACUAUUUUUUUAACUUAAUUGUACCCUGUGUUCUAAUUUCCUCGAUGGCGCUCCUGGGCUUCACCUUGCCGCCCGACUCCGGGGAGAAGCUUACGCUUGGAGUAACUAUACUCCUCUCACUUACUGUCUUUCUGAAUCUCGUGGCGGAGUCCAUGCCUACGACCUCAGACGCGGUGCCGUUAAUAGGUACAUAUUUUAACUGUAUUAUGUUCAUGGUGGCUUCCUCAGUCGUAUUAACAGUACUGGUGCUCAACUACCAUCAUCGAACUCCUGAAAAUCAUAAAAUGAGCGGUUUCGUGCAGAAACUGUUCCUAGAGUACCUGCCUUGGGUGCUGCGGAUGGGGCGGCCGGGGAAGAAGAUCACGCUGAAGACAAUAAGCAUCUCGCACCGGAUGCGGGAGCUGGAGAUCCGGGAGCGCUCCUCGCGGAGCCUCCUGGCCAACAUCCUGGACCUCGACGACGACCUCCAGAGGUUCCGGGCCAACGUCAACAACUCAACCAACACCACCUGCCAUCAGAGGCAGGGAAUCACCGUUAGUCAAAGUGUGGACGAGACGGCGAUGUGCUCGAUAGCGCAGCGGGAGAUGCAGCACAUCCUGCGGGAGCUCCGCUUCAUCACCGGGCGACUCCGGAAGAAGGACGAGGAGGCCGAGGUGAUCUCCGACUGGAAGUUCGCCGCCAUGGUCGUCGACCGGUUCUGCCUUUUCGUCUUCACCUUCUUCACCAUCAUCGCUACCAUCACCGUCCUCCUCUCCGCCCCGCACAUCAUCGUCCAGUAAUCAUCCCCCGAAUCACCAACUCUAGGCUUAAACGUCGACACACCCUCCGAACACUCCCAUUUUGCCGCAGGUAAAUCGCCGACUCGUAGAUGGCUUCGCGUACUUCACGAUAUAUUUGUGGAUCCAGCAAAUUGGCAACGCUGCUUUUCCCCAAUUUAAACCUACGGAAAUGUAUCGAUCCUUGGAGGGGCCAGGUGCUCCGACAAGAAUCGAUUAUUUAACACAGGUGAAAAUGGUGGAAAUCCGGUGCUGUCGAAUUGCUGGAUCCGUCUCCGUGGCGAUAUAUCUAUUUAUCCGUCAUUUGAACCUAUGGAAAGGUAUCGAUAAACGGGGUGAUCGCAACGAACACCUUAACGAUCGAUUCUUUUUCACAGCUUUAAAUGGGGAGAUACUUAAACCUCCCUUACUUAUAUCCAUUUCUCUCAAAAGGGGAAGGGUUGAUUUAGUAACGACCACGAAAACGGCGCCGAAACUGACAAGUCGCAAAGUGUGAGUGUCCUCUGCGGUGUGUCGAUCCAGUGUCAAGGUUUUUGGGGCAAGAAAAAGCCCUCGAGGUGCGGGCACCUCGAUACAGUUUGACCCCAGGAUUCGAGCUCAAAAAACAAACCCUCACACCCAUUUGCGGAAAUAUCACCCAUCAGCUGGAAUUUCACAUUGACAAUGCUGAGGUCGACGCAGCAGUGGCUCCAUCCUCUUUUAGGUCGCUGUUUUUUUCAGUUUAAGGGUGGGAUUUAAACGAAUCCUCGGGUCAUGGCGGUCUUUCUUGCUCCAAUCUCCGCGAUUGCAAUCAUGCAGAAACUAAUGCUUGUAAAUAAGUGAGAAAAUUAAAUCAAUAUUUUUUUCAGCGGCGGCUCGCAGUAAAUCGGAUCCACGCUGUUACAUAGAUUAAAACCACCGCGUAAGUUCAAUGUUCACCGAGGGUAUUUUUCGGCGGCGACUCUUUAUAGUUGGUACCACUGCAUUUCCCCCAUUUAAAUCCGUUAUAAAUAAUCUAUUCUAGGCGAGGUAGCUGACUUGAUGAAUAUCGAUUAUUUUACAUACAUUUAAAUGGGCGAAUUUCAGCAAUACCAACGUACGGGAAUCGUCUUUUACGUAUUUGGACUACAUUUUGCAAUUAAGAACUACUAAUUUGUGCUAACUCAUAAAAGAACCUAUCUGUAUUGGGAACUUAUGACCUAUACGUUGUUUGUGAGAUGAGCCGAAAAUUGUAGUUGUCGAUUGCAAAAUUUAGUCCAUUUAAGCAUGAGCAAAGCCAGGAAAAGCUGCAGGGAACGGGGCGAUUUAACAAGUGGAGUUCAUGCUAAAUAAGUAAAUUCUCUUUAGUGUGACAGAAUAUUAUCUGUCCUCACUUUAGGAUUGAAAAAAUUUCAAGAAUCAAGAUGGUCAAUCUUCUGUCACGCUCUAAAUGUGCUUAGACUUAUUUCAUUUCACAUGAAUUUUAUCUGAAAGUGCGGGAGUAUGUUUCAAGAGUAUAUGUGAGGCUUCUCAAAUCAAAAUUCACCCUUUCAUAUAUCCGCAGAGAGCUCAAUGUUAUUUGAAUUAGUGAGAACAAAAACAUAGCGACUCGAAAAAAUGAAUAUAACAAAGACACACAAAAAACUGCACAGUAGGUGAAGAAGUUAGUCUAAGGAAAAGAUUUUUCGUGCCGAAGGACACUUUAAAGGUCUAAGCUGGAACAGAUGCGCCAACUUCAAUGACCACUUUGAAAAUUGACCGUCUUUAAUAAAAAUGGAGCAUUUCCGAGUUACAGAGUUGGUAUGUUUUCCUUCUCACUUAUUCAUUUAUUUCGGCUCUGAAAUGAGCCAGAAAAAUUGACACCUUUCACGAGGGUCGGUUCCUUUAUAACAAAUGCCCAAUUUUCUCCACUGCGGAGACUGGCUAUGCUCAUCAUCAUCAGGAUGAACAAGAUUGCUCAUGUGCCUCGAUGGUUAGUUCCCCCUUCGUGUCGAGUCAUUGGGAUCCCAUUGUAAUUUUUAGUGCUUUCAACCCCAGGAUCGGCUCAUCCCUAAAAAUCUCAGGACAUUAUAUACGAAGACAAGGUGGAUCUGCUAUGAUCUCUGUCUAGGUUUACAUGAAAGUGUUACUCAAGCGAACCCAUCUAUUUUAUCACUUCCACUCUGUCAUGUCGUUACCAUCAAAGCAUUCCACAUCACGAUUAUAGUUGAGAACCAUAAAAUGUUCUUAUAGAGUGCAUAGAGUCGAAAUAUAAUGAAGUGAGCUGGGUCCAUGUUCUGGUCGGCGAGUUUCUAGCGCGGUGUGCGUCGAGAUUCGGCCACCUUUUCGAUACAUUUUCGAUCCAAAAUACCGAUGCAUAAUAAGUAAUGAGUCAUAACCUCUUUUUUUAGAUCGACCAGCCGGGUACCUUUAUAUCGAAAAAAAUCAAUCGUGUAUCGAAAUAGUGACCCAGCGUGACAAAGGAGUCACGGAAUUUGGAACCUGGAAAAUUUUUAAAAGUUCUUCUAUUUACGUUACGACUCUAUGCACUCCAUGAAUGUUCUGUGCAAUAAGUUCGGAAGGUGGAUUGUUGGGUCAGGUAUUCUUCGUGCGCAGUAAAAUGUUGAAAUUUAAACUUUUCGAUGCAUUAGAUUUGAUAGUAGACAGGGUCAAGUCGCACUUUCCGUAUGACCUAGACUAAGAAAUUUGAAUUAUUACAUUUAUUUUGUUUAUUGGUGUCAUAGUAGUCUCCGGUCAGGCCUAAUUAGUUACUUUCCCCGUAAUAGCAUCCCUAGAUCCGGAACUCCGCUUCUGAGAUACUUGCAAUACUUAAAGCUCACUCAACAAUAUUGGACUUCUAUCCAGAAUGUAAGAUGUUUGUCUUUUUCCAACUAUGGAUUUAAUCUGCCUUAAAAAAUUAAAGCUGCCAUUGAGAAUAAAGUUCGGUUGCUUCUGUGUAGGGUGUCUUAUACCAGCCGUGCUAUGCCAUUCAUGUAACCUUACUCGAUUCUAGGAACCGCACUUCCGCUUCCUAGAACCGAGAAUACGGUUACAUGAACCGAAUAGCACAGUCGAUGUAGAACACCACAGUUCAUGUAACCUAAGUAAAAAUGAUUCUCUUCUACUUCACGCCGAGAGGGUACAUGCACAGAGGAGGCCAAUUGCGAUUCUCAAGCUUCCAUUUUAAUUUCCAUACAAAAUCAACUAUUCGUGCCUUUGUGCCGGGUUUUUUGACUAUACUCGUGGUUCCAGCGUAUUUCAAGAGGAUUUAUGUUAUUCUUCAAAGAUGGUAAUCACCUCGUUGCGUAAAAUGUACAGCUGCUAGAUUUCUGCACAUCUCAAGUAGCAUUUUUCAACGGAAAAAUUGUGAUACUUUGACAUUAUGUUGCGAUGUUUUUACACUUUUUUGACGAUAAAAUCGAUAGGAUCAUCAACGCCUAGCCGAUUAUCCUGAAUUUUGUCGCAAUUCCAUCUGUAUAAAAUAGUGUUCCAUAAAAUCGAUAUUUAUCCUCAAUUUAUCGCGAAUUUUUGCUAAAAAAUGUUGCGAUGAAUUGCCGUCGAUAAAAUUUUAUUGCAAAUUUAUGCCAUGAAAUCGCAAUUUUGUUUCCGAUAAUGUUGAUAUGAAUCAACGUCGAUAAAAUCCCGCUACAUUCUCCCGUCAAAUCGCAACUUCAAUUCCGCGAAUUCCGAGAAAUUGCAAUGACUGCAAAUAUCGACAUUACUUCCAGGGAAUGGCAGCACCGUAAAUUUUCGUCUGCCUAUCUUGGCGAGGAGUUAAGGUCCGGGAAUUGUGCAAAAGUGACGUUGAUACGCUUAAAUGGACGUAUUUAUGCUAAAAAGAACUAUGUUACAAGCAAAUCCUAUGCACAUAGUUCCUUUUAGCAUAAAUACGCCCAAAUACAAGCACGAAAUCCAUACAUCAGCCGCGCUAAUCCUUCGCUCGUCCAGUCGCACAUUAGUCGAGCCAAUGAGAGAUAUCGGACAAAAUGUGGAAACUUUGAAAGCUUAUAUUUUCGAAAAUAUGAAACAAAAAUGUUUGAGAGUACACCG